AUGGACGAGGAAGCUACCCCUGCAUGCGGCUCGGGCUCGCCGUACGACGGUAACCUCGGUCUGCGAGUCGGCGCCAUCUUCCUCAUCCUCGUCACGAGCGGCUGCGGCACCCUCUUCCCGGUCCUCGCCCGUCGAACGCGAUUGCGCAUCAGCGAGUACGUGUACAACAGCUUCAAGUACUUUGGCAGCGGCGUCAUCAUCGCGACCGCCUUCAUCCACCUCUUGGCGCCAGCUUUCGAUGCACUCGGCAGUGACUGCUUGACCGGCGCAUGGACCGAGUACGACUGGGCACCCGCGAUCGCCAUGGCCUCGGUCUUUGGCAUCUUCCUCCUCGAGCUCAUCGCGACGCGCAUGGGCCGCUCGUUCCUCCAGAAGCGUGGCCUCAAGGAGCACGACCCGCACCGCGCGCGCGGCAACGAGGUCGUCGGGCACACGGGCCACGGCACGCACGCGCCGCCGAGCGGGACGACGACGGGCCUGGCGAGCGCGGGAGUGGCGCCGGCUGUUGCUGGUGCGGGUGCGGAUGCGGGCGCGGCGGGCGAGAGCAUCGAGACGGUCAAGAGCCGGGACGCGGUCGUGCAGCCGCAGGGCGACCUCGAGGCGGGAGGCGAGCUCAAGCCGCACGCGCAUGGGCACGCGCACGACGGCGAGGACGAGGACGAGGAGCUGCAGGAGAGCGCGGUCGCGCAAAUCAUCGGCGUCGCGAUCCUCGAGACGGGCGUCCUCUUCCACUCCUUCGUCAUCGGCCUCACGCUCGCUGUGAGCGACAACCUCGGCCCGCUUCUCGCGGUCCUCACCUUCCACCAGACGUUUGAGGGCAUCGGUCUCGGCAGCCGGCUGUCGGUCCUGCCGUUGCCGCGCAAGUACAACUACGUCCCGAUUGUCGCAGCUCUCGUGUACGCCUGCACUACGCCUCUCGGCAUCGCCGUCGGCCUCGGCAUCCGCACGACCUACAACCCCGAGUCAGCCGUCGCGAACAUCGUCGCCGGCACGCUCGACGCGACCUCGGCGGGCAUCCUCCUGUGGGCCGGCCUGGUCGAAUGCCUCGCGCACGACUUUGUCUUCUCGACCGCAAUGGCCGAGGCGUCCAACGGCGAGGUGUCGUUCGCCGUCUUCUUCCUCCUCCUCGGCGCCGGCUUGAUGGCGCUCCUCGGCCGGUGGGCAUAGACGUUUCCCUCGCGACAUACAGCACCUCCGUCCGUCCAUACCCUGUCUGUAGAUCAGCUGCAUCGCUCGAGAGAAGGAGCUGCAACCACUGCUUCGCAUCC